AUUAAGAUUUAAGGCGAGCCUAAUUCUACUCCUCAGCGCACGCACUGCGCUCGAUAACAGCAGCACCCAUGGCCACGGAGCCCGUGCAGAGACGCUCUCAGUCACGCCCCCACUUUCCAUGGCGAGACUAACCUUCGCCGCCGGAGCUGGCGCCGUGGUGGUGGUGGCUACCGCGUGGCUCCUCGCCGCUUGUAGUGUAGCGGCCGGGGACCCGCCGCUCUCACCCAAAGGUCUCAACUAUGAAGUGGCGGCGCUGAUGGCGGUGAAGAGCCGGAUGCGGGACGAGAAGGGGGUGAUGGCCGGGUGGGACAUCAACUCCGUUGACCCCUGCACCUGGUCAAUGGUCGCCUGCUCCCCCGACGGAUUCGUCGUCUCGCUGCAGAUGGCUAACAACGGAUUGUCAGGGGCUCUGUCGCCGAGUAUCGGGAACCUCAGUUACCUGCAGACAAUGUUACUACAGAAUAACAGAAUAUCUGGUGAAAUUCCUCCAGAGACAGGGAAGCUGGCCAAUCUGAAAGCUCUUGAUCUUUCAGGUAACCAAUUUAUUGGUGAAAUCCCGAAUUCGUUGGGGCAGCUGACUCAACUAAAUUAUCUGCGCCUUGAUAAGAAUAACUUGUCUGGACAAAUCCCUAUAGAUGUUGCGAAGCUUCCAGGUCUCACAUUCCUUGACAUAUCAUUCAACAAUUUAAGUGGCACAGUUCCAAAAAUCUACGCACAUGAUUACAGUCUCGUGGGAAACAAGUUCCUUUGCAAUUCCUCAAUUCUACAUGGCUGCACACAUCUUAAUGGAGGAACUAACGAUACCGUGUCUAGACCGUCAAAUAAAACGAAGAACCAUCAUCAAUUGGCAUUGGCAAUUUCCUUAAGUGUCACCUGUGCCACAAUCUUUGUCCUGUUCUUCGUGUGCUGGCUAAACUACUGCAGAUGGCGUUUGCCUUUUGCUUCUUCUGAUCAAGAUCUUGAAAUGGAACUGGGUCAUCUGAAGCAUUUUUCAUUUCACGGCCUGCAAAGUGCAACAGACAAUUUUAACUCAAAGAAUAUAUUAGGUCAAGGCGGUUUUGGUGUUGUUUAUAAAGGCUGUCUCAGAAAUGGAACUUUAGUGGCAGUCAAGAGGUUAAAAGAUCCCGAUGUUACUGGUGAAGUCCAAUUCCAGACAGAACUUGAGUUGAUUGGCCUAGCUGUGCACAGGAACCUUUUGCGCUUGUAUGGGUUUUGCAUGACCUCGAAAGAACGGUUGCUCGUAUAUCCAUAUAUGCCAAAUGGCAGUGUUGCUGACCGCUUGAGAGAGUAUCAUCAUGGAAAACCUUGCCUUGAUUGGAGUAAACGUAUGCAGAUUGCUAUUGGGGCUGCAAGAGGACUACUAUAUCUUCAUGAACAAUGCAAUCCUAAGAUCAUUCACAGGGACGUCAAAGCAGCAAACAUAUUGCUUGAUGGAAGUUUUGAAGCAGUCGUUGGGGAUUUUGGAUUGGCAAAACUACUUGAUCGACAAGAUUCACAUGUUACUACUGCAGUUCGGGGCACUGUUGGUCAUAUUGCUCCAGAGUAUCUCUCAACGGGGCAGUCUUCAGAAAAGACUGACGUUUAUGGGUUUGGUAUUCUACUGUUGGAACUAAUAACUGGACCUAAAACCUUGAGCAACGGACAUGGUCAGUCCCAGAAGGGCAUGAUUAUAGAUUGGGUUAGAGAACUCAACGAGGAAAAGAAACUGGACAAACUAGUUGACAGGGAUCUCAAAGAUUCGUUCGAUGUAGCCGAGCUAGAGUGCGCUGUCGACGUGAUUCUCCAAUGCACGCUGACCAAUCCUAUUCUGCGGCCCAAGAUGUCAGAAGUUCUCCAGGCCCUUGAAUCUAAUGUGACUCUGGCAGAGAAUGGUGUAGACUUGAAUAGAGAAGCGCUGCCUUACGGAGGCUCUUGCAGUUUCUCUGUGAGACACGAGGAUCCUCACGACUCAUCGUCCUUCAUAAUAGAGCCAAUUGAGCUAUCUGGUCCUAGAUGAUGGGAAAUGCUGGUUUCACGAGAGAAAACAGAGAAAAGUGAUGAUAGUUGUACAAAACAUGUAUAGACUGGAUUUAAUCCAACUUGGGAGGAGUUUUCUAAGAAACUAGGAAGGUCAUAAGUUUCCACUGCAAA